UGUACCAGGGGGCUUUGGGGAGAGAAAGGAAAAAAAUUAAAAUCUUAAAAAAAAAAAAAAAACUUCCAUAAAAAAAUAGGAGGGAGACAUUUUCAACUGUAGAAUUUGUGCUGAGGAAAUAUGAAUGGCAGUAAUAUCAAGUACCACUUUAAGUGGUGUUUAGUGGCAAAGAAAAGAUAAAUGUUGGAAUUGCUAUAAUAUUUCAGAUCAUAGGAGUGAUGAAAUCACUGCAUUUCUAUUGAGUGGUAAGAACUGUUGUUGGUUGCAUAUUUUGCCAGUUACAGUCAUGAGUUGCUUAAUGACAGGGAUAUGUGUUGUGCAAACAUCGUAGAGAACACUUACACAAACGUACAUGAUAGAGCCUCCUGCAUACCUAGGCUGUAUGUACUGAUCUUAUUUGACCACCAUUGUAUAUGUGGUCUGUUCUUGAGUGAAACAUUGUUAUGCAGCAUGUGACUGUACCUGAGAACCUUCUUUGUUUGGUCACUGGAAUAUUGCCAUGGUCAUGUUCUGUGUUGAUUGUGGCAUAGUAAAUGGUAGAAUCAGUGGCAACCCAGCACGCCCAGGCUUGGAUGUGGGCUCUCUGAGAAGUCUGCAAUUGUUGAAGCCACACUCAACAUGGACCCAAAGGCUCUGAAGAAACUGGUCGAAUCUAUCAGUAAUACUGUCAAGAGCUUCAAAAAAAGUGAAGUAGAGUGUCUCAUAAGACUUUUUCACAAGUUGGUGGGAAGAGCUGAUGUCAGACUUGAUAACGUUGGACUAGAUCGUAAUGCGUUUCGAGGGAUCCUGUACAGCAUAUUUGGAAUGACUGAUGAUGUACUAAUGAAUAGGGUAUUUUUUGCAUUUGACAAAGACAAUGAUAACUGCAUAAAUGUAAAAGAAUGGGUUAAAGGAUUAUCGGUUUUUCUUCGAGGGACUUUUGAAGAAAGGCUGAAGUUCUGUUUUGAAGUCUAUUAUCUGAAUGGUGAUGGUUACAUUUCUCGAGAGGAAAUAUUUGACAUGUUGAAGAACAGUCUACACCAACCGUCAUCUGAAGAAGAGACUGAUGAAGGAAUAAAAGAGUUGGUAGACAUAACACUGAAGAAAAUGGAUUAUGACAAUGAUGGCAAGAUAUCUUUUGCAGACUUUGAAAAAGCAGUGAAAGAAGAGAGACUUUUGUUGGAGGUGUUUGGACCAUGUUUACCAGAAGCAAAGAAUUGUCUUGAUUUUGAAGCCCUGGCAUUCAGACAUAUCCUGACUUCUAGGUUUUGAAUGUGAAUCACUCAAUAUUUGUAUUAAAAUCAGAAACAGA